AAAUUCCAAAGGCAAAAAACACCCUCGUUCAAUUACACCCCGCCCCCCCUUUCUCACCUGAAGGCUAAAAGCUGAAGUAAAACUCCAAAUCUCCCCAAUUUACGCAUCAAUGGCGCACGCUGAAGUGGAGACGGUUGAUUUCGAGCCCGACGAUGACGAUCUAAUGGACGAGGACGUCGGAGAUGGCUCCCCCAGCCGAGCCGGAACCAUCCCUCGGCUCAAGUCCGCCAUCACCGGUGGCGGCUCAUCGUCGACUCCGAAGAAGACCAAAGGCCGCGGCUUCCGCGACGAGGCGGCGGCUGAGGCUGACCGGAGUGCUCGUAUGUCUGCGCGCUUUGACUCUCUAGAUUCAGAGGGUGGUCCUGGCCCCGAACGAUCUAUUGAAGGAUGGAUUGUUCUAGUUACUGGAGUUCAUGAAGAAGCACAAGAGGAUGAUUUACAGAAUGCAUUUGGUGAAUUUGGCGAGAUAAAGAAUUUACACUUGAAUCUGGAUCGGCGUACGGGAUUUGUCAAGGGCUACGCUCUUAUUGAAUUUGAGAAUUUCGAGGAGGCACAGAAAACUAUCAGUGAGAUGGACGGGACUGAACUGCUAACACAGACCAUAACCGUUGAUUGGGCGUUCAGCAAAGGGUCAUUCAAGAGGAGGAACAUCAGGAGAAGAUCACCUAGAGGUCCUCGUUCGAGGAGUCCAAGGAGGAGAUUUUGAUUCGGGCAGCACAUGAAAAAGGGCAGCACUUGAAAAACUUUGUUGUUUGUGGCUUUUGAUUUAGGGUUGAGAGAAAUGGCGUGGAUGGAUUAUCAGCUAAUUAAUUAAUUGUUAACUAAAUAUGGUUGUUAAAUUUUUAUGAGAUUUUCAUUUUUCGAUUUUGUUUGUUACCUCUUCGACUUUGUUCCCUCUUUGUUGUCAUUUACACUUAUAUUCAGUAAAGUUGACAUUAAUUAUGGCA